AUGUUUAAUCCAUUCGCCGGAUUAAUGCCGAAUUUAUCGCUGCACGUAGAAUCAAUUGAUUUAUACAGUAAUCUGGACGAAGUCAGCAACACAGGGGUGCAAUGUUCGAACAGUGUAUCCCCUACUCACACAUUCCAUCAGAAAGGCGCAGCCUUACUGACCAAAACCCCUUGCAUCAGCAAUUUUGCAAAUCCAAAGAGGAAAAUAACCGCAGAAAACUCGAAGAUAUUAGCAAGGAAAUACUCAAGAAAUAUCGAAGAAAACACAGCCGGCUACAUACAGGAUCAUUACAGUCCGCUUGGUAGAAGAAAACAGUUUUUAGAGAAAGCCAAGUCUGUCGAUGAGCACCAUAAGAAUAAAGGUGCGGUUGUCCAAAGUUUGAGGGUUUGUAAGUCAAUCCAUAAUUUUGAUGAAAUCGAUAAGAAGUUUACGAUUGGUAGGUUUUUGAAGAAGUUGGAUAGCCAGGUUAAGUCAAUCACCAAGAAUAACAAAAAGACUGUUUGUACAAAACCUAGAGAAAAUAUUAUAGAUGGAGUUACUUUAACUUCCCACAAAAAUAUUUUGUUUACUCAAGAAAAAAAACUAAACGAGUUAUUUUCUUUAUCAAAAAAGAUCGUAUACAUUGAAAAACCUCCAGCUCUACAAACAAGCACUAAGGAGUUAAUUCUCAGGAAACCAAAGGCAAUUGAAUUAGAAGAACCAACGAAAGAACUUGUUCCAGUGGAUUACUUCCGAAAAAAAUCCAAGUUUUCUCCCCCACCGGAAGAUUUUCCGCCACCCCCGCAAACACCAAACAUAUCCCGACUUGAUCAACCCGCUCAAUUGCCGGCUUUGGGCAGAUCAAAGAUGUUUCGCGGGAGUCUAAAACUAAAGGAACGGAUGGUGUUGGCGCUGAGCGCGUUCGCGGUUCUUUUCACCUUGAUUUUGGUGGUGGACCUGCAGAUGGAUUUGGGGAUAUCCGGGCAGCAUCUGGUGGCCUCUCACGGUAAAAUCAAGUAUGUUGUGCAGGAGGAGGGACCUGGGUCUGCGUUUAAUAGUUUCAGGAACAGACUGCUCCAAAAAACUCAUAGCGCAACAAGUACCAACAUAAGCAAAGAAAGUCUUCCAAACGAGGCAGCUACAUCAGCAAACAACAAAGAAAAUAACAACAACGGCAACAAUGUUAAACCAAAAACAAACGCAAAUAAAGACUCUAAUGUCCAAUCGGAGACAAUACAAAAAACAACUGACUCUCACGACGAUUUCAGUGAUCUAGUGGACUAUGUUAAUUUGUAUAGUGCGGAAAAGGAAAAGUAUCGAAUAGACACGGAUCGGGUGAACGCGGUGGUCGUGAAGUCGCCCAAAAUCACCAAAAAUCCGACGAUCGCUGACAUGAAACAUCUCACAGUGCAGUAA